UGACCUUUUUUCGAAACAAACAACUUUGACAGUUCGCCCUCCCAGUUCGUGUCGUGUGUGAAGCGAAAAUAAUAACUUUGUUCUCUCGGUGUUGGCUAUAGAAAAAUUGUUCCGUCCCGCGAAUUUUAUAUGGGCGAAAUAGGACGCACCAGGAAUCCAUUGGCAUCCGAAUUCAACCGCUAGCCGCGGGAGUGUCUGCGGAAAAGCGGCGGCACCCGCGAACCGUGGCGAAAGCCCAACUGGGAGCUUCCCCGCCCCCAUUUUGGUUGUCAGUCUCUAAUGUAAACAAACCGUUGCCUGCCAUAUCGCUGCCUUUGUCGAUUUUUCCCAUUUCGAAAGAGGUAGGACGGAAAAUCCGGAUUUUCUCCGGCCGCAGUGUUCUGAAGCCGACCAGAGCCGUCGGCUCCAAGCGCACCUUCCGAUGGAUCUGACAAUCUACAGCGAUGUCCCAAACGAGACCCCCGGGUCGUAUUGUCGGUUUUGCUUCCGGGAGACGGAGCUGAUCCCGAUAUUCCACCCGACGACAUUGGAGCCGGUCAAUCGGCAACUGUUGGAAAUGAUCAUGGAAUGCACCGAUAUUCAGCUGACCGCGGAGAACGAUUUCCCAUCGUCAGCCUGCAAGAACUGUCUGCAGAUGUUGCAGGAAUUUUAUCACUUCCGGCGACGUACCAAGCAGUAUGAUCGGAUAAUCCGCACGAAAGCGGUGGUACGAAUUGAACCGGAAGUGUUGAUUGUCAAGCAAGAGCCAUUGGAGGACGACACGCUGGAAAGUGUCCGCAGGCAGUAUCUAGAGGAUCAGCAGCAACAGCAGCAGCGCCAGGACGAGGAGGAAACGGAAGAUGCGGAUGAGGAUGAGCAUGAAAUCGGCAGCAGUAGCAGCACUCUCACGGCCGAGGAAAUGCGAGAGGAGGAAUUUCAGCAUCCUAGUCUGGGUGCUAUAUUUAAGAUCCGCACCAUAUCGACUGGCUCGAGCGGUUCCAAAUCAACGGUGGCGACAACAGUAGGCCCCAGUAGUCACCUGGAAGAAAACCGCUGCAUGGUGUGCGGCGAGAAGUUCUCCACCAGGGAUGCCUGGAUCUCGCAUCUUCCGAUGCACGCAAACGAACGACCCUUCCAGUGUCAUAUCUGCCUGGCGCAGUUCAAAACCAAGUACGUACAGCAGAACCACAUCAAAACCGUACACGAGAACAUCCGGAGCUACCAGUGCCAGGUUUGCACCGAUCCGAUCCGGCAGUUCAAGAGCAAGCGCACCCUGGAGGACCACAUGCGUUACCACACCGGCGAGCGGCCUUUCCUGUGCAGCUUGUGCAACGUAAGCUUCUCGUCCGGGAGCGUUCACCGGAACCAUAUGUACCGGGUACACCGGGAAAUGCGCAAAAAGGAUCGCAAGUGCAGUUACUGUGGGAAGGAAUUCGACCGGAUACUGGAUCUGAAGCGGCACCAGACCAGCUAUUGCGAAAAGAUUGUCGGACGGGCCAUGGCUGAGAGGCUUUAAGGAGGGAAGUUAGCGACAGGAAAUAAAAAAAAAAAAACGAGGAACAGUUAGGAUAGCGCAAAAGAGUAUAAAAUUGAGAGUGAAGCGAUACGGAGAAAAAUCAUAUUAUAAUAUAUACCUAUGUCUAUAUCUAUAUUAUAGAUUUAUAUUGUAGAGCUAACCCCACGUGAAAACAAAGAUAAAAGAGUAUAAUUUUAACUAAUAAAGCAUUACAAUAGUAGAUUGUCGUCGAUGUACCAGAAA